AUGACAUUCAGCACUCUAUUAGAAGCAAAAGAGUACUACAAUUCAUAUGCUAAAAGAAUUGGUUUCUCAAUUAGGACCAACACAUCACGCAGAUCAGCAUUUACAAAAGAGGUAGAAAAGGUACAAUUUGUUUGCAACAAAGAAGGUAAAGGGAAGAAAAGUAAAUCUAAAGAACAAAUUGAUGAGCUUAUAUAUGAUUCUGAUGAUGAUUCUAAUUCUGAUCAAGAGGGGGGUGCUGAGAUGCUAGUAGAAGGAGAAGAAGACAGGAAGCAUAACAAAAAUAGUGCUGGCAUCAAAAGGAAGAGGGAAAAAAUGAAGUGUACACAAUGCAAAGCAAGAAUGGUUGUGAAACUCAUUGGUGCUAGGUGGCAUGUGAUUUAUUUCAUAUCUGAGCACAAUCAUGCACUCAUUACCAAGCCUUCACUGACAAAAUUCCUUAGGUCACAUAAAAAAAUUCCUAAAGAAGAGAAAGCCUUUAUCUCUUUGUUGCAUGGCUGCAACUUAAAAACUGGGCGUGUUAUGCAGCUAAUGUCUGAAUUCUAUGGAUCUAGGCAACUAGUACCAUAUGAAGAUAAAGAUGUGCACAACUUCCGCUCAACACUUCGUACAACUAAAAAGUAUAAAGAUAUGCAAGAAAUGCUGGAGUAUUUUGAAGAAUUGAAGCAACAUGACCCAGAAUUUUUUUACAAGUUUAAGUUGGAUGAUGAUUACAGGCUUCGGAACCUAUUCUGGAUAGAUGGUGCAGCAAGGAGGGCGUAUGAAACAUAUCAUGACUAUGUGUCUUUUGAUACAACUUAUAUGACAAACAUGUAUGAUAUGCCCUUUGCACCCUUCAUUGGGAUAAACAGACAUGGUCAAUCAUUCCAGCUAGGUUGUGCGUUCCUAAGAGAUGAAAAGACACCAAGCUUUGUCUGGCUUUUCCAAACAUUCUUGGAAGCGAUGAAAGAGAAAGCUCCGUUGAAUAUUAUUACUGAUCAAGAUGGUGCUAUGAGAAGUGCAAUUGAACAUGUGUUCCCACUUGCAAAUCAUAGGAACUGUCGAUGGCACAUAAUGAAUAAAGCAGCGGGUACUGUAGGUCCUUUACUUAAGGAAGAUAAAGAGUUGGAGGACAAAUUCAAGGACUGUAUAAACUACAGUGUCAUGCCAGAAGAGUUUGAGGCAAAGUGGCAAGCUAUGAUUCAAAAGCAUGGCUUGCAGGACAACAAGCAUUUUGGGCAUUUGUAUAGCAUCCGAUAGAGUUUUGUGCCAGCGUACUAUAUGCAUUGCUUCUUCCCGUUCCUCCAAUCGACGCAAAGAAGUGAAGGUUUUAACGCAGUGUUGAAGUUGUAUGUCAGCCCAAACUUA